GCCCACAUAUGGCCCUCGAUAUUCUCCAGCCUACUGUCUUCCUGAGGACUAUAUCAACCUUUGAUCAGUCCUUCAACAAGCAAGCACCAGCAGACCAUCAUGCCACCCUGGACAGACGCCGAUCGCUCCCUUCUCCUCAUUACAGUAAUCGAGUUUCUAGCGCCCUCACGCCCAACUCGUAUGCCGUGGGAUGAGAUAGCGGAGAGAAUGGGAACGGGAUAUUCUCCUGAGGCAAUCCGGUAUCCCCUCCCCCCUCCUCCCCUGCUUCCUCGAUAUCCAAUUUCCUCAAAAUUUCCCAACUAACACUGAAAAGACAGCAGUACAAUAAACUCCGCAAAUCUAUACUCCCAAGCGGUUCUGGCCGGGGGCGAAACCCAGCGCUGAAUAACGUGAACAAGAUGCCGGCGAAGCGGAUGCAUGAUGAGUUGGUUAGGAGAGAAGAUGAUUUGGAAGAUGAUGAGUACCGAGAUGAGGGGGAGGAGGAGACGAUUGUGGUUAAUGGGAAAAUGUUCAAGGUUGAGGGGAUUAGUGAUGAUGAGAGGAUUAUUAAGACAGAGAGGGUUGAUGAUGAGGGGGUCAUUAGACUUGAUGAUGAUGAGUUGAGUUUCCUCUUCCCCCCCCUCCCCCCCAAUUCAUUGCUGCUUUUAAUUUAA